AUGGGUCGCGAGGAACAAAUCGAGGAACGCGAGGUCCUCAAUUCUAUUUUUCCAGAUGAGAUAACAGACAUAUCUGACACGUCCUACCGGAUAUCGAUAAAACUCGAUGCAUCGGAUCAGAAUGGGGGCGACGGGGAAGAAGCGCCGACUUUGAUUUUACAAGUCUCCUACCCUGAAGCAUACCCGGAUGUCGCUCCGAAUCUUGAGAUUUUGGCUCCUCCCAAUGCUCCUAAACAUCCCCAUCUUGAUAUCCAGGAGGACCGUACCCAUUUCCUAGAAGCGCUACAGCCUACCAUCGAGGAGAACAUUGGCAUGGCUAUGAUAUUCACACUCGUCAGCACUCUCAAGGAGACUGCCGAAAAUCUGAUAUCGGAACGGGUAGCUGCCGCAGAGGCGGAGCGGGAAAGGGAGAUCCUCAAGGCCGAGGAGGAAGAAAACCGCAAAUUCCAAGGAACUCCAGUGACUAGAGAGACUUUCCUCGAAUGGAGGGAAAGAUUCAGGAAGGAAAUGGAAGAGGAAGAGCGGCGAAAACGGGAGGAGAAAGAAGCAGAGGAGAAAAAGAAAAAGCCUGCCGCACGCGAAGAGCCGAGGCUCACUGGGAAACAGCUGUGGGAGAGAGGAUUGGCCGGAAAGGGCGAUUAUGAUGAAGAAGGAGAUGAGGAUAUCCCUGUUGAUAAGUUGAAAAUAGCGGCAUAA